GGCUCGGCAGAUGUUUUGUCUACUGGGGCGGGAGCGUCUUCUGAAGUCCUGUGUCCUGGCCUGUACUCAGGCCCCGUCGGGGCCGGGGCAGCAGUUUCAGAAUGCCCAACUGGGGAGGCGGCAAGAAGUGUGGGGUCUGCCAGAAGACCGUGUACUUCGCGGAGGAGGUUCAGUGCGAGGGCAGCAGCUUCCACAAGUCCUGCUUCCUGUGCAUGGUCUGCAAGAAGAACCUGGACAGCACGACCGUGGCCGUGCACGGGGAAGAGAUCUACUGCAGGUCCUGCUACGGCAAGAAGUACGGGCCCAAGGGCUACGGGUACGGCCAGGGCGCCGGCACGCUCAGCACCGACAAGGGGCAGUCGCUGGGCAUCCAGCAUGAGGAGGCCCCCAGCCACAGGCCCACCACCAACCCCAACACGUCCAAGUUCGCCCAGAAGAUGGGAGUCUCCGAGCGCUGCCCCCGCUGCGGCCAGGCGGUCUACGCGGCGGAGAAGGUGAUCGGUGCUGGCAAGUCCUGGCAUAAGUCCUGCUUCCGAUGUGCCAAGUGUGGCAAAGGCCUGGAGUCCACCACCCUGGCCGACAAAGAGGGCGAGAUCUACUGCAAAGGAUGCUACGCUAAGAACUUCGGGCCCAAGGGCUUCGGCUUCGGACAGGGAGCAGGGGCUUUGGUCCACUCUGAGUGAGGCUGCCGCUGCCCCGCCCGCCCGCCCUGUAUCCGCCUCCCCUCCCCCAGCCUUGGCCCCUGCGGCCCCUCUUCUCAGCCCUGCCACACGUCACCAGUGACCAGAACUUGAUGUCUGGCCCCUUAUGGUUUGGGGUCUGUCUGAAGGCCCCCCUCCCAGGGGCUCCCCUGCCUGGGGUCUUCCCAAGAACCCCACUGAUUUUGGUCCCCCCACACCCGCCCUGCAGGCCUCUGUUAGCCUCCUUGGCUGAGCGUCCACCAUCAUCCGGCGAAGACCUGAGUGUACAUGUCAGAGCCCACAGGGGAGGCUGUGGUCCAUCAGCCCCAGAGUUUCACCUCUGUGGGAAGGAGGGUGGGCUUCUUGGUGUCCCUCAGAACAGGCCUGGGAGUUCCCCCAGCUCGGGAGUCACUGGAGGGGGCAGGGGGACAGAGAGGCACGAGGCCGGGUCGUGGGCUGCAGGAGACACCUGCGUGUCUAGGCCGUGACCUUGAGGCUGUGGGGAACAUGACCUUCCUGCCAGGGUGGGAGAACACCCAGGUCUGAGAACCCCAGGAUGCGGUCUGACCUCCCCAGCACCUAGUUCCCUGUUUGAUGGAGGUCCCGAUGAAGCACCCAAACACACACUCCUGUUUGUCAGAGGCCCGAAGCUGAGGUGGGGUGGCUCUGCUCUGAACCCGCGGUCCUGGGCUGCAGCACCAGCAGCUCCCCUGUCCCCACACACCCGGGCCCGUGCCCUGCCGCCUGCUUGACCCCCAGAUGUGAGGACACACAGCCUCAGUCCUGGGCACCCCUCCCCUCUGCACCCGGACCUCAGGACCUUCCUGCCCACGCAAGGCUCGCCCCUGCCACCCCCCUUCCUGAGGACCCUCGCUGGCCACAUCGCCCCGUUCCUUCCAGGCCCCAGGUCAGGAGCAGGCGAGGGGAGAGGCCUCGCCCCCCCCAGGGUUGGGAAGAGGCUGAGAUGGAGCUGCGGCCUGGGAGGCAAGCUGAUCCCUCCUCUGGUCAAUAAAAGCUGUUAUGACA